CAUAACAAAUUUAACACAACUUAACAUAACAUAAUCUAACCAGUACCAUACCAUAACAAAACAUAAACCAAAAUUUAUAUAAAUAUCUAUAAGCAAUGCAUGUAACAACAUAACAUAGCAUACCUAAACAAUGGUAACAGAACAGCAGCGCUUAACAAUAUAUAAUGCAGCAUAACAUAAAAUAAUAAAAAAUAGCGACAGAUAACAUAAAUAAGCAUAACCGAACGUAACAUAGCACAACAUAGCAUAAAAUAACAGCAAAUAAAACAUGCAAUACUCUAAACUUUAGAGUCUAAUCAGAAAUGCGGUGCAUUAACAAAAAAAAUGUUAAUCUCAAUUUCAGCUAACCACUUCUAUGCGUUAGUAUCUCGCAUUACAAAGCAAUGGCUCAGGUAACCCGAUGUGUGUAUUCAUUGCCAAAGAGUGAACUUGUGCUUUGUUUCUGGAUUACAUAUUUGGCGAGCAGUGAUUUGUGACCGUGACGUCGUGUUCGUGUUGUUUUUCCUUCCGCCUCCGGUACAGCUUGACCCUACCACUGGCAGGGUAAACGAAAAAAAAGAGAGCUUAUUUGUGGCUUCUUGUGAUAUUCUGUAGUGAAAUUGAAAUUGAAGUAUGUGAAAUGUAUGCCACAAUGGAAUUAAGAUGUUUUCACACAUUCAAAUGUAUGAUAUAUCUAUGUAUGUAUGUAUGCGCAUACUUACAUGUGCAUAAAUGUGUAGCCAGUAACUAUUAAAAGUAAAAGCGGGCAAGAAAGCGAGUGAGUGUUAUUUAAUAUGUGUCCAAAUGGAAAGAAAGACUCUGCUUGUCGGAUAUCUGCAGCUUUGAAAAAAACAAGAAAACAAAGAAGAAUGUGUUAUACAUAUGUAUGUGGCAUAUACAUUCUCUACAUAUGUAUGUACAUACAUAAAUGUGCAUUCUAUUGAGGAAUAAUUGUAUAAGUGUCGUCCAGUUGCAUUAAUUGAAAUACAAAACAAACAAAAGUCACAAAACAGAGAUCGCACAAACCAUACACAUAAUUACAAACACACAUGCAUCCAUACAUGCAUACUAAAUGGAGCACAUACUUUCAUACGUACAUAAAUUUGUAUUAUUCGUGCUAUUCAGUUGACGCGCCAACACCCGCAAACACACAGCUGGAAAUUCAAUGACAGUGGGCAGUAAUGGAGAGAAGACCUCAAAGAACUGUGUUUAUGGGUUUUGAUGCAUUCCAAUACUGUGGCCUUCACUGUGCAUUGAUGCAGAUUUCAGCUACCGUUGCUUGCAUAGCAAUACACUCAGCCUGAAAGCACGCUACGAUAAUUGUCGGCAUGACAACCGACGAAGUGAUUUUGCGGCGCGACAAGGCUGCGGCGAAUGGCGAACCAUUCACCGAGCCGCCACCGCGUCUACGCGGUCAAAGCGCUUACUUGGCGGUAAGUAUGAGAAUUUUUUUUGCUCAAAUUUGCUUCAAUUUCCUUCCUUGUAUUUUCUCGUCGGCCGCCGUAGCCGAAUGGCUGAUGUCCUGGUCACCAGCUGCCUGCCAAGUAGUGGCACGUGACGGCGUUGGUGGUGGCGCAUUCGUGUUGAAAGCAUCCUUUUGUGGCCUCAUUGCGCUUUAUUGUUGUCGUUCAUAA